ACCUCAAUCGAGCAAAGACGAAAUCGAUAUGAUGUCAGAUGAAUAUCAUGAUGGUAUUGAAGAUGCCGAAAGAACAGUCAAAUCAGAUAGUGGCCUUCGGUGUAGGAUGAAAACAUCAACAAUGAUGGAUAGCAACACGUAUGAUUCAGAGUCAGGAGAAGAAGAUAUCCAACAUUCUCCACCUCCUGUAGAAAUAUGCAAGAAACGACUGUUUAUGAAAUGUUGUGGAGCCAUUUGUGUAAUAUGUAUAUGCGCGUUUGUAUGGAUGAACAUUUAUGUGAAAGAGGAUCCUAUCAACACUCCCUUGGACCUGCCUACGAUUAAAUCAAAGAAUUGGACCACACCUGAUUUUAGUCCAGAAAAAUUCUGGGGUACAUAUCGCCCGAAUGUGUAUUUUGGCCUCAAAACACGUUCCAAAAAUUCCCUGGUAGUUGGACUUAUGUGGUAUUCUCUAGAAAAUGGAAUGUUACGGCAUUGGUGCAGUGAGAAUGACGAUUUGGUUAAAUAUGGAUGGCUGCGACAUGAUGGAAUAAAUUUUGGUAUACACGAAGUGGUGGAGAAAACCUACAAAUUCAAUGUGUCCUUUGUUAAACGUCAAGGCGGAUCAUAUGGUGGAGACUGGACAGCUCGCAUAUCUGCCACCCCAACAAGUGCCAAAACUACAUCUGUUGUUUCAUUUUUGUUCUACGUUGCAUUGGAGGGUCAUGGAAUGUUAAAACCUCGCCUAAAAAAGCAUAGCCUUCUCCAGGUUACUGGUGAAACACCAGAACUCGGAUUAUUUCGACUUCGUUUCCCAGAAGCACGAUCUCCAUUUAUAUGGUAUUUGACUAAUUUAGUAGCUAAGGAAGCUAAACUUAAUGAAUUAAAACAAGUAGUAUUUAAUGAAUUGAAGAAAAAAUUACUAUGGAAUGAUAUAUCUGCUUUUGUAUUUCUAAAUACAGAAGGAAAAGAAGGAAAUUUCAUUGUGUACCAAAUAACAGCAAUGCUACCUCUCGAAUUUGAUGCUGUAUUCGAAUCAGAAAGUUUCUUUAGGCCAAAUUCACUUGAGGGUAAAGUUAUGACGGAAGAACUUCGCUCACAUUUAGAAAAAUUCGAUAAAAAGUUUUACGAAGCAUUCGACAUGAAAUCAGUAGCAUAUACACAAUAUGCAGCUGAAUUUGCAAAGGCAACUCUUAGUAAUAUGCUUGGCAGUAUAAGUUACUUUCAUGGAACAUCUCAAGUAAAAUCAAAAACCAACCAAAACAUUCAAAAUUACUGGCCUACAACGCUUUAUACAACAGUGCCAUCCAGAUCUAAGUUUCCUAGAGGAUUUUUAUGGAACGUAGGAUUUGAUAUCCAUUUAAUAAACUUUUGGGAUGCAAGUAUAUCUAUGGAUAUCAUUGCGCACUGGUUGGAUUUAAUGAACAUUGAAGGAUGGAUUCCUAGAGAGCAAAUACUUGGACCUGAAGCGGAAUAUGCAGUUCCUGAUCGCUUCAUAGUGCAGGAAAAUAAUGUUGCGAAUCCACCAGCACUUUUUCUUGGGAUCUUAAACCUUAUCGAAAUGAAGAAAGUCAGUGUCCCAUUUUUAAAAGCGAUUUUCCCAAGAUUAGAAAUAUGGUUCAAUUGGUUGUAUUCAAGUCAAAAUGGCGAGGUUUCCUACUCCUACUACUGGAAAGGAAGAGACAGUUUGACUAAAAGUCAGUUAAUUCCAUACACUUUAGCAUCUGGGUUUGAUGACUAUCCUCGAGCAUCUCAUCCAAAUUCAAAGGAACGCCAUCUUGAUCUUCGAUGUUGGAUAGCUGUUUCAUCUCGAGUUCUCGCAAAAAUUGCUAAAUUGACUAAUCAAGAUGGGACAAAAUAUGAGAAAAUCUACAAUGAACUUUAUGACAACGAAUUGUUGGACGAAAUGCAUUGGGAUGAUAAUAACGAACUUUACAGCGACUUUGGAUUGCAUACCAAUUCUUUAUACAUAAACGCUACCUCAAAAUCCAGAGUAGUUCAUGCAGAUCCAUCUUUCAGAUAUAUCGGGGCACUGGGUUAUGUGAGUUUAUUUCCUUUAAUGUUAAGAAUUCUGGAUUCUGAUUCCCCCAGACUUCACAAUAUCUUACGGGACUUACGAAAUGAAGAUCUAUUGUGGACCAAAUAUGGAAUACGAUCACUAGCUAAAAAUUCCCCUUUUUACAAUCUAUAUAAUACGGUUGAAGAUCCUCCUCAUUGGAGGGGUGCGAUCUGGAUUAACAUGAAUUAUCUCAUUUUAAGUAGUUUGCACUACUAUUCAAAAAUACCUGGGAAUUAUCAGAAAUUAUCGUUGGAUAUUUACACAGAAUUGAGAGUAAAUUUGAUAAAUAAUAUGAUUCAAGAGUACAUGAAGAAAGGGUAUGUCUUUGAGAAAUACGACGAUGUAACAGGAUUUGGCCACGGAAGUUUUCCUUUCACGGGGUGGUCUGCACUUAUUGUGAACAUAAUAACUGAAAAAUAUUAAUUAUAUACAUGUAAAAAGUUUUGUUCUUUUGCAUCUCUUGCAUACAAUUAUAAACUGUGCACUAGUCUUAUUUCGUAGUGAAACGAGUUGUGGUAAAUUUGAGUGUAACUUUGAGAUAAUAGAAAAUGUAUUGUGUGUUUCGGUUGUUUGUACUUAGAAAUAUGGUUUGAUUUUAUUCCAGUUGUCUCAUUGAAAAGUUCCAAUUAUUGCAUAUUUUUUCAAAAUAAAGAAUUUUUGUGAUGUUGCAAGUA